AUGGCGACAAUUCCAGCCCAUCUCCGAGAAAACAAGCCCUUAUCGAUUCUUCUUGCAUCUAUUGCCGCAUUUGUCAUCGCUAGACACACUCUCUCUCGCAAAGCCCGUCGGACGACGACAAUCCCACGCAACCAGGAGCGCGUCGUCAUCAUUGGAGCGUCCUCGGGUGUAGGAAGGGAAAUCGCAAAGAUAUAUGCGUCCAGAGGCGCACUUGUUUGUCUCGUCGGUCGACGGCAAAAGGAGCUCGACGAGGCUACGCAAGAAUGCCUUCAGUUAUACCCCGAGGAUACAGAUAAAUCCACUCGGAAAGCAAUCUACAAAGUAGCAGACUCUACAGACGCUGUCCAGCUCGUCGCUUUGCGCGACUUUGUCAAUGCACAUUGGGGACAAGUCGAUACGCUUUUUAUUUGCGCAGGCGUAUCAUCUCUUCGUCCAUUGCUCGAAGUGGCCGGUUCACCGCACGGAGUCGUCGACACGACGGUGGAAGGGAUUCAGCAUACCCAAGCCAUAGCGCAAAAGGCCAUUGACGGCAACUUUAUUGGGCCCCUCUCUGCCGCACUCACCUUUAUUCCUUUCCUGCAGCACACCUCUCCCGCACCAGCGAUCCACCUCGUUUCCUCUCUCGCAGCUCUCAUUCCUCCGCCAACACGAACGCUCUACAGCGCAACAAAGGCAUCCUCGCUCAUGCUCUUCCGUGCCCUCUCCAUCGAACACCCACGCAUCUCGUUUAGCCACAUUUGUCCCGGGACGAUUCAGGGCAACUUUCGUGCGUCUGCCGUCGACGUUGUAGGCGCCCGUGUGACAGUCCCAAACGGAGGCGUACGCGAGAACCUGGACGGUGCAAUGUCCGCGAGGGACGUGGCGAAACGAUGUAUAAGGAUGGUGGACGAAGGUCAGACGGGAGUGGAAAUUAUACCUCUCAAGUACAAGGCCGGCUUCUUUCUCAGCUGGCUCUUCCCUGCUUGGAUCGACAAAAAAGCGAGGCAAAAGUAUGAUUUCACGUCUUUUUCGCAAUAG